UGACGAAGGAAGUCUAAUAUGAAUGACAUUUCAAAUUGAUCAUGUUAUUGGCAGAAGGAUACUUUAAUUUUGUUACUGUUUACUUUUCUCAAAAGCUAGAGACAAUCUUAUCGGUAGUGAACGCUCGCUUUCUUCAAAGUCGAAAAGCUAGAUACGGAUCUGUGUGGAGCUGGUAUGGAUACGUGUGCAUUCCUGUCUUUCAUACUGGUUGCGCUGCAAGAGAUAAUAUUCUCUAGCUGUGAAGGGCUUAAUUCCAGUUCCUCGACAACUUUCUCUGGAUCUUUGGGACUAACCACAAGAACUAGCCAUUCGUCAAGUAGUCCGUGGUGCUUGAGGUGUGCAAGUUCCGUUAAAUCAAGUAUGGCAAGCAGUCUUAUUUCGCCAAAUCAACCAAGUAUUCAGCCAGAUCGCACAAAAUAUUCCACUCGUUCAUUAGCAAGCAUAACUACUGUAGUGACCCCCACAAGACAACUGAUCGACUCUACUACUCAACCGGCACAACGACUUUCACCGACUGCAGCACGCCUAACCUCGUUUGGCAUAUUUUUAAUAACAUUUGGCGGUGUGUUAGUUGCAUUUAUGAUGGUCUCUUUAAUUUGGAUCUGCUCUGGGAGAGAAAGAAGCCCUGAAGCACCUCAUUCUCAAGUUAAACUUAAGCCAUGGAGUCACCCACCUGAUCGCAAAGUAGAUGACAUACCUCCUGAUGCGAGUGACCUUCCAAAGAGCUACCAGAAUCAAGGCUUAAAUAGCUCGAGUCCAAAUAGCCCUUCAACUCCAAAUGUCGAUAUUGGAAGAACAACAGAAAAAUUCAGCGAGUCGCCUGUAAUCUAGAAAUGCAGUCAUUUGAGGUUAACAAGGCCCUUCUGAACAUUGCAUCGCUCGAACGAUUUGCGGGUAAGCAAGAUGUAGUCAUGCACCGAAAGAUAAAAGCAAUCACUUGAGGAGGAACCUUGGAUGCCAACAUGCAAAAGUAACAUUUGGUCGCCCUUCUGACUUUUCCAAACAGAUGCUUGACACUGAAAGACACUGAGAAGCACCUCGCUAUCACCAAGCAGUAACCUCGUCCCCAGGGCUUCUCCUCGACGAUUUUUAAAUUGGCGGUUCGUCUCCCGCUUGCCAUUUUGGGAAAACCUUUGAUAGCGAUGAGUGAGACCAAGACCAAGUUAUACAUAUCGUGACUUUUUAUAUGGAGGAACAAUGUAUGAGACCAAGUUAGCCCACUAUGCAUGGUUAACACUUCUCCCAUUUGCUUGUGGUUAGUUCCACUCAGGGUUUCACGCGGUUAGUUCAGCCCGGCCUUCCAGCGCUUAGUCCCACUCGGGUUCGCUUUCAAUAAGCUUUCAUUUGUGGUUUGGGCGAGACUGUAUUGCAUAUAUUUAGGCUUGCAGUAUGUAUACAUAAAAAAUUCAGGUUUUUGGCAGCCAGCACUCUGAUUGUGUAGUGGUUAGUGAAUGCCGGUAUCUUGAAUAAAAUUUCCCGUGUUCUACUCCCGA